AUGGCUGAGGCUGCACAAUCUAAUGCUGAGCUGUUGGAAUGGCCAAAGAAAGAUAAGCGCCGCUUCCUGCAUGCUGUUUACCGUGUUGGUGAUCUUGAUCGCACCAUCAAGUUUUAUACUGAAGCUUUUGGAAUGAAGCUUUUGAGGAAAAGAGAUGUUCCAGAAGAGAAAUAUGCCAAUGCUUUUCUAGGAUUUGGCUCUGAACAAACUAAUUUCGUUGUGGAAUUAACUUAUAAUUAUGGAGUGACCUCCUAUGAUAUUGGAACUGGCUUUGGACAUUUUGCUAUCGCAACUCCAGAUGUCUACAAAUUUGUUGAACACGCCCGGGCUAAGGGUGGAAAUGUCACUAGGGAACCUGGUCCAGUUAGUGGUGGGUCAACUGUUAUGGCCUUUGUGAAGGAUCCUGAUGGUUAUGCUUUUGAAAUUCUCGAAAGAGCUUCAACCCCUGAGCCAUUAUGCCAAGUAAUGCUCCGUGUUGGUGACUUAGACCGCUCAAUUGCCUUUUAUGAAAGGACUUUGGGUUUGAAGAUGGUGAGGAAGGUUGAUAGACCUCAAUACAAGUACACUUUAGCUAUGCUUGGGUAUGCAGAGGAGCACGAGACAGUUGUGUUGGAGCUGACAUAUAACUAUGGUGUCACUGAAUACACCAAGGGAAAUGGUUAUGCACAGGUGGCUAUUGGCACUGAUGAUGUAUACAAGAGUGCUGAGGUAAUCAACAUAGUAACUCAAGAGCUUGGAGGGAAGAUUACCAGGCAACCAGGGCCAAUUCCUGGCCUUAACACAAAGAUCACUUCUUUCUUGGAUCCCGAUGGUUGGAAAACAGUGUUGGUUGACAAUCAAGAUUUUCUGAAGGAGCUUGCUUGA